AUGGAAUUUGAUACGACAGCGUGCACGAGUAAUGAGAGUCAAAUACCCACUGUCACUAAUGAAGAUUAUGGUAUCAGAGACGUUUGGUGUUACAAUAUCGAAGAAGAAUUUCGAACGAUAAGAAAAGUUGUCCAAAAAUAUCAAUAUGUUGCAAUGGAUACAGAAUUCCCUGGAAUCGUUGCUCGACCGAUUUGUGAAUUUCGACAAGACUAUCAAUAUCAGGUGGUUCGGUGCAAUGUUGAUAUGUUAAGAAUAAUACAAUUAGGUCUUACGUUUCUGGAUGAAAAUGGUAAAACACCUGAAACAACUUAUUCGACCUGGCAAUUCAAUUUCAAAUUUGAUUUAGUUGAAGAUAUGUAUGCGUUCGACAGUAUUGAAUUAUUAAAAAAUUGUGGCAUACAAUUUGACAAACAUGAACGAGAAGGUAUCGAUCCCCUACAUUUUGCAGAAUUAUUAAUGUCGUCUGGUGUUGUGCUCAUGGAUGAAAUUAAAUUUUUGUCAUUUCAUUCUGGUUAUGAUUUUGCUUAUCUUCUUAAAUUGUUAACGGAUCAAUAUUUACCGCUGGAUGAAAGUGAAUUUUUUGAAUUAUUAGGAUUGUACUUUCCGAAUAUUUACGAUGUUAAAUAUAUGCUGAAAACGUGUAAGAAUUUAGGAGGUGGUUUACAAGAAGUGGCUGUUCAAUUAAAUUUAUCUCGUCUUGGAUUACAACAUCAAGCAGGAUCCGAUUCACUUCUUACUGGUAUGGCUUUCUUUAAAAUAAAAGAGAUUUUUUUUGGAAAUAAAAUUGAUGAUUCCAAGUAUCGUAAUCAUUUAUUUGGCUUAAGCAAUUAA